GAGAUAGAGAGAGACGGAGAGAGAGAUACACAUAGACAUGCACAGUGGAAGAGGAGGAGGAGGAGGAGGGGGAGGCUCCUGAUACCAAGACACGGAAAAGCAGGGGAGGGAAAAAGAGAAGAAAAAAAGGGGCUGGUGGAGGAAGAAGAGGAGCGGGGAGUGGGAGAAAACAGGGGAAAACACUUCAAGAAAGCAUAGAGGAGAGGAAGGACAGUACCUGGUGCUUUGGACACCUCCUCCUUUCUUCUCUCGGGCUGUCACAAGCAGAUUGGACUCCAAAGGACCGACACCGCGUCCACCCCAGACCCAUGGGGUAACAGCAGACGUUUGGAGGAGAGGCUUUUGCUCAGCUACACAGAUGAACAACAGGAAGGAGGACAUGGAGAUCUCCUCUCACUACCGUCAGCUCCUCCGAGAGCUCAAUGAACAGAGGCAGCAUGGCAUCCUCUGUGACGCCUGUGUCAUUGUGGAUGGAAAGAUCUUCAAAGCCCAUAAGAAUGUCCUCCUGGGCUCCUCGCGCUACUUCAAGACUCUCUACUGCCAGGUUAAAAAAGGGUCAGAGCCUCACCACCAGACUACAGUCACUCACCUGGACAUAGUCACAGCAACAGGCUUCAAAGCAAUCCUGGACUUCAUGUACUCAGCGCACCUCGCCCUCACCAGUAAGAACGUGAUCGAGGUGAUGUCCGCCGCCAGCUACUUGCAGAUGACCGACAUUGUCCAGGCGUGCCACAGCUUCAUUAAGGCCGCGCUGGACAUCAGCAUCCGCUCCGAGAUGGCUGACGAACUGGCCGACUUUGAGAUGGGAGCUGUCGCCGCAGCUGGUAUAGGUGGAGGUGGCGGAGGCGGUGGAGGAGUUGGUCUAGCAGGAGCAGGGGGUGUGGUGGGAGCAGGUUUAGGUGGAGUUGGAGGAGGAGGAGGAGGGAUAGUGGGAAUGGCGUCCGAAGCCCUGGCCUCCAUCAUGUCUGGUCGGAGCACCUCUCCUUGGCUGGCUCGCCGCACCAGCCCCGCCAACUCUUCUGGGGACUCAGCCAUCGCCAGCUGCCACGAGGGAGGCAGCACGUACGGCAAGGAGGACCAAGAGCCCCCCAAGAGCCACGAGAGCCAGGAGGAAGCCUGCCACGACUCCCAGCCCGCCUGGCCGCACGACUACAGGCCUGUCACCGUCAAAGAGGAACAGGUGUCCCCCGCCUCCUCCUCCCAUCCCAGGGACACUCCCAGGGGGGCGGCACAGAGUCAGGGGGAGCAAGGUGCUGGAGGGGCUACAGGAGGAGGUGGAGAUGGAUCCUGGCAACCUCUGUCAGGAUCGGGGCGGAGGAAGAAUCGGAAGAACAAGGACACAGUCAGACAUAUUACCCAGCAGGCUGAGAGGAACUGGGACAGAGAGCGGGACAGGGAGAGAGAACGGGACAGUAGGCCUGGAUCUCCUCUGCCCUCCAUGUUGGCUGUGGCUGGAUGGAACUACAAUGGCCAGGAAAUCCCAGGUGCAGACGUGACUGAACCCAACAGCUCAGACAGCCGCGGCGAACGCCUCGACUUCUUCCUCAAACAGGAGGAGGCUCUGACCACAGAGCCGAGCUACCUGGGCCCUAAUGAAUCUGAUGAGGCCGGGGGAGGAGUCGGGGUAGGGACCAUCUCAUCUGUGGCCAAUCUGAAGGCGGCGCUGAUGAGUAAGAACAGCCUGCUGUCUCUGCGGGCUGAGGUGAUGGGAGAUGAUAACCCCUUACUGUUUGAGUACCUGCCCAAAGGAGCACACUCCCUGUCUUUGAAUGACUUCACGGUGAUCCGGAAAAAGUUCAAGUGCCCCUACUGCAGUUUCUCUGCUAUGCACCAGUGCAUCCUAAAGAGGCACAUGCGCUCCCACACCGGCGAGAGGCCCUACCCCUGUGAAAUCUGUGGCAAGAAGUUCACCAGAAGGGAGCACAUGAAGAGGCACACACUGGUCCACAGCAAAGACAAGAAGUACGUGUGCAAAGUGUGCAGCCGUGUCUUCAUGUCAGCAGCCAGUGUGGGAAUCAAACACGGCUCACGGCGUCACGGCGUCUGUGCCGACUGCUCUGGCCGGGGCAUGGCUGCCCUGCUGGACCACAAUGGGGAGACAGGAGGCGACAUCUCCCCAGAGGAGGAGCUGUAUCCCGGCGACCGUUUCCACGAUGACCAGGCAGAAUGCGACGGUGAUGGCGAGGGGGAGGAGGAGAUGAUGGUGGAGGGGGACGGGGAGAUGAUGGGCGAGGGAGAAGAGGAGGGAGGAGGAGGAGAAGGGAAGUGGAAGGACUCAGGGAUGGGGGCUGAGGCACACAGAGCACUGGACAAUGAGAAGGAGGAGAGCGACUCCUCGGCACAGGAAGGGGAGCAGCAGAACGGGAGCGAGAGGGACUUCGCCUGGAUCUCCUAGAAUCUUCCGGGUUCCUGUUAGCGGCUCCUUCGACCAAUCUCUGAAGAUCUGUCAUGAUCUUUUGGGCAGAACCCCUCUGCUCUCUUUACCCAUUCGUCCCAGCGUGGGCAGGCCUUCCUUUGAACGGAAACGCUGUAGGGUGAUGCGCGACAAUGAUCUCAUACACACGCAAAAUACACACGCACACAGACACACACACUUAGGCCAUUCUCAACACUGCCUGCCAUAGUUGAAGAAGAAGAAACGGUGAAGAGAUGGCUUGAGUGCAAGGCUUUUUCCGCUUACCUCCUUUACUUCUGAUGCAGUGUUUUGUGUUUUUUUUUCUCGAGGGUUCAGGCCAGAGUCCAGUAGUUUUCUACUCUGUCACAACAGGAAUCAACGAGGACGCUGCCAAGGACGUUAAGACUGCAACUUUGUAUGUUUGCCAUCACAAUCACCAUGGAAACCAAGGAUCACUGACGGUGUAGGGAAAUAGCCAGAAAGGGAAGGGAAGGCUUGGGGGAAAAAAAAAAGUCUCUCUGUGAGUAAAGGGGGAGUCUAAAAUCUAUUGCAAUGCUUCGUGUGUCAGAGGAGCAGGCAGCCCGACGGCACAUUGUUGAUGCAGAGUCCUACUGCCACAGACUUGCACUUUAACGACAACUGACUCGUAUCAAAGCCCUGAACCCAUGGUUUACAUUUUUGAUCUGAUCUUUGCUUACCUAAAACAACUCGGUGACCGCACCUACCUUUAAGGAUAUACUUUAUGUCCUCUUGACUGUUAUCACGAUAUAGAAAUCACUGAAUCUUUGUGCAGAUUGCUGUUUAUAGAGCCUAUGCCUUUCAGUGGGGUCCUUAAUCUUUUCUUCACUUAAGUUUACCACACGGUUUCUAUAAAUCCAUUCCAACUAUAUUGAACUAAUGUACAUACAGUUUUGGGGGAUUUGUUGGGAGAGGUGUGUGUGAGACAGAGAGAGAUUGAAAGAGAUGUUUGACGGUGUACAGACAACUUUUAAAUCUCUUUGUUUGUACACAAAGUGGACUUAAAUUUUUGCGUCCAUGUUUGGGAAAAAUCAACACAAGCACACAUUUAAUCCACAUGACCUACACUUUAACUCUCUCCGUCUCUCUCUGCGUCUCUGGUGCAGUUUCUUGUGAUGAUCGGACCUAAGGAGGAUCAGCCUUUUAUUUUUUGAAAAUAUCUGUUUUCUUUUUUUUUUUUUUCUCCUGUUUCUUUUCUUCUCGGUCAGUCAUGUAACUUUGUCAAGUCCAGAAUAUGCAGACUCUUUCUACGGUUUAUCUUUCUUUUGGUGGCGUAUUUUCUCUCUGGCUUUGUAAGGUUAAAAGAAGAGGAUCAAAAUUGUGCUUGAACUUUGUAGAGUGUAAUAUUAAUUUUGUUUUGUUUUAACAGCUAUUUAUUAUAUAAAAAAGUUUGUGGAUGCCUUUUUGUAGGGUAAUUCCCUCUUUCUUUCUAUUCGUGUGUGUGUGUGUGUGUGUGUGUGUGUCUGCGUGUGUGUACGUGUGUGUGUACGUGUGUAUGUGUGUGUAUGGACAGGUUGAAUGUUUGUAUGUCUGAGCGUCCAUUCUCCCAAAAAAAAAUUAUAUAUUGAUUUCUUCAGAUUAUUUCCUUGUUUUUGGCGAUGUUAUUGACAAUUCAAGUGAGGCAGAUGACAUGUCUUAUUAUUAUUAUGAGUAUCAGAACUAUGGUUACUGUUGUUGAUGUUCCUAUUAUUAUUAAUUAUUAUUAAGUGCUGGAUGCUAAGCUUUAUUGUGUGUUCUUUUUUGAUAUUUUAUAUCUUGUAUAAGAAAAAAAAGCUUUUAUACUUUGCCUUGUUGUGGACAGCAAGCCAUGGGGCUUUUAUCAACCUUUUAUUGUGCCAGUUUACGCUUUCUCUGUCGUAUUUUUUUUUCUUCGAAGGGGAACUUCACUGUCAAACCUCUCUGUUAAAUAUUGAUUGAAACAUAUAUUCCUUCCGCACAUGCUUUUUUUUUUUUUUUUUGCAUCACUAUGGAACCAAAAACAAUCUAGUACCUUGUAUACAUGAAGUGCUUUUGUUUCACAGUCUGUGUGCAGGUGGUUUUUGGAUUUAUUGCCGUGGUUAACCAGUUUUGUUGUUGGGUAGUUUUACUUUUUUGAACCUGUCACUAUUUGUCACAGUUAUUAAAAAAAAGUGCACAUGUUAUAGUGUUGUGAAUAUGAAGGGCUGUAUGAAAGGACCGGCUACAUAUAGAAGACAGCUUCUUCCAUUUUUUUCUCGUUUUGAACUGUGUCACGCCUCGCAUGAAACACAAUCAAGCAGAAAUGCAGCACGCAGAUUAAACUUCAGCUCUUAGGAUUUGAGUCUACAUGCUGUGUUUCUAGCUGCCGGUGCUUUACUGGCUAGACCCUCGAUCAUUUCCACUGUGGGAAAGUGAGCACUGCAGCAGUUAACUCUGGGAAACAUUUCGUUGCAAGUGCUGGUUGCACUCAUCAGCUGCCAUGGACUGCAAUUCCCAUCAUCCCCUAAUGAGAAACUCUCAGUACAAUCUGGUUCUUUCAUUUCUGGCAAAUGUCUUUAUUUUAUUUGUAUUAUUUAUUCUGUUUUUGUUGACCCAUUAAUCAAAUAGUUGUAAUUUUUAGGGUAAAAAAAAAAGAAGAAAGACAAUGGGGUAGGUUUUUUUAAUGAAUGUCAAAGGUGGGUGUGGAAGGAGCCCAGGAUCGGUGACAAAUCUCUGUCCUGUGGUGCUGUUUGAAACCACUGAGAGACAUGUGAAUGAAUGUGUGACUCCCCGGCCCUGCGCUCUUCUCACGACCUGUACUGUAUGUCUUUUUCCUCAUAACCGGGUUGUAACUUCAGGAAAUAAAACGUCCGCCAUCAACCCCUCAAUAUGUGCCUCAAUGACAUUUCACCUUGUGUGCUUGUGAGUGUGUAAGUAUGUGUCGGCGGAUAGAGAUUUUACUUUCAAAAGAAAAAAAGAAAGAUCAGAUUAGAGGUGCAAAAAGUUUUUUUUGAGGAUAAAACUUCAAAAAGAGACACACCAUGACGGCGUCUCAAUUCUCCUUCCCACCGUGUGUUCGAUGACCUUUUGUGCCCUGAUUCUGUGGUCUUAACUGCAUGCCUGUGCUCAUUUUGUCAUACCAAAGCGACGUCUUCGGCAUCUGCACACAACUGUCUCAUUCCACACGAUGCAAAACUGAAACUGUUUUCUCUCUUGCAGAUGAAUAUGGGUAUUCUUAGACGUGUACAAAUUGCAAUCCUCAUUUAGCCUGUAUAGCUUGAUUCACACGUGCAAAUCAUGAAGCCAUAGAUAUGGGUAUGUCUAUAUUAUACUAUAUUUCAAAAUUGGCGCUUUUUACUUUAGAUUUUGUUCUUCUACUAAGAGUGAUGUGUGUAUACCUUCAUAUAUAUGAAUUUAUAUGACUAUUAUAUAUUAUUUAUUUCUCUCAAGUUUCGGAGGGGCUUUGAUUUGUAAAAGGUCGCACUUGAAGCUUGAGCUUUGUUUAUUUUCAUUGGGAAUAUUGUUCAAUAUGAUACUGACUUUAUAUUGAUGAUUAUCAUAAACCUGUGUUUGUAACAAAAAUGUGUUAAAUAAUCAAAAAAAAAAAGCUGUCCUGUUUUUACACCUGUUUCGUUUUGGGCAGAUUUAAGUGCUCUUGUGCAGAUUAUUAUUAUUUUUUUUGGUUGAUAGUAAUGAUCACAAAACCAUUUUUACAGCCAACCAUGAGCCUCCUGUUUUUGAUGUUGGGGCGGGCCCGGCGGCCAUGCAAGCCUCUUUCUAACUUCAUGUUUAGUGGAAGAAUUAGCUUGACUUUUAUUUGCAUAAACCAAUCAGUCUCAAUAAAUUUUGAAAUUGCUGCUGUAAAGAAGUGA